AUGGCUGAACAAUUAACUGAAGAACAGAUUGCAGAGUUCAAGGAAGCUUUCUCACUUUUUGACAAGGAUGGCGAUGGCAGCAUUACAACAAAAGAAUUAGGAACUGUAAUGAGAUCCCUUGGACAAAAUCCCACUGAAGCUGAGUUACUUGAUAUGAUUAAUGAGGUUGAUGCUGAUGGUAAUGGUACUAUCGAUUUCCCAGAAUUCUUGAGUCUAAUGGCUAGAAAAAUGAAGGAUACUGAUACUGAAGAUGAGCUUAUUGAAGCAUUCAAAGUAUUUGAUAGAGAUGGUAAUGGUUUCAUUUCUGCAGCUGAAUUGAGACAUGUAAUGACUAAUUUGGGUGAAAAAUUAUCAGAUGAAGAAGUUGAUGAAAUGAUUAGAGAAGCUGAUGUUGACGGUGAUGGCCAAAUUAUGUAUGAGGAAUUCACUAAAAUGAUGCUUUCUAAGUAA